AUGCAUCCUUCUAGGUUUCUCGAAUUUGCAGCUUACCUUGGCUUGACUCAUGGUGCUUGCAAUACAAACGUCACAAUGAACGGACUGGGCACAACUUCUGAUGGACAAUCUGCCAUCAAUCACCAAAUUGCUCUUUUUUCAUUUGGUGGAUCAUCGUGUGCUCAAGAUAUCUCAUAUAGCCACAUCAACAUCCGUAGUUCAUCCAAAUCAGAUUGGUACAGCUACUAUGGCUUUCCAACAUUCGAUCUGUCGGCACACUGCGAUAUUCAGAGUUCUGGCGUUCCCCUCCGCGAAUUCGUCCAAAUAGGUCACUUCACCUGGACAUUAAUUCCCGAACAAAAAAUCACAAACAUUAUUUGCGAAACUACUCCUCAUACCAUGGUUAAUUUCAUUGGAAAGGAAAAAGACGGAACUCAGGUUUUCCGCACGGAAAAAGUAGUUGGGGGUGAGGAGCUUGGAUUUAGAUUUGACUCAGAUUCUCCAUCCACCAUCCACCAACUAGAAUCCACCUACCCAUAUUUCAGCUCUUGCAGAGUUUCAAAUGGAAGUAAUAAAUUCUCAUUCACGAAAACCGAUCGUGGGAUUUAUACUAUCAGUCCACCGCAACCUCGGUUGAAAAUUUCGUGUCCGGAUUUAGCUUCUUAUCCGUGGAAGGGGACUUCGAUGCCGAAGUUGUAUGUGCAGAGUUCGUGA